GCGUAAGAUUUCCGGGUCGUUCAUGAUAGUUGCAAAGGGACUGUAAAUAGUUUUUUAACGGAGGUUUCCAUCGAUUGUUGUUUUUUUAUAGUGUAAAGGGAUCAGUGUGAGCUGUCCAAAAUGUCUGGACCAAACGCAUUAAAUGCCAAGCAGCCGCCGAUUCAGUCGACGGCAGGAGCCGUGCCGAUUCGAAAUGAAAAAGGUGAAAUUUCUAUGGAGAAGGUGAAAGUGAAGCGAUAUGUGUCUGGUAAACGUCCAGACUACGCUCCCAUGGAGUCCUCGGAUGAAGAGGAGGAAGAUUUCCAGUUUGUUAAGAAGGGUAAAGAGGCUGAACAAGAGAUGGAAAUGGAAGAGGAGGAAAAAUCAGAUCCUCGUCUUCGACGUCUCCAGAAUCGAGCUUCUGAGGAUGUUGAAGAAAGACUUGCGAGACACCGGCAGAUAGCUGAGCCAGAGCUCAUUGUUCAAAGCAGUGAGGACUCCGAUGAGGGAACCUGGCACCCUGAGCGAGAGGAGAGCAGUGAAGAUGAAGAGGAGGAGGAAGUUGAUGAUGAAGAAAUUGAGAGAAGACGAGCAAUGAUGCGGCAACGAGCACAAGAGAGGAAGAACGAGGAAAUGGAGAUUAUGGAGGUGGAGGAGGAGGGGAAAUCUGGUGCCGAGUCUGAAUCCGAGUCCGAGUAUGAAGAAUACACAGAUAGUGAGGAUGAAACUGAGCCUCGUUUAAAACCUGUGUUCAUCCGCAAGAAGGACAGAGUUACAGUCGCGGAACGAGAAGCAGAGGAGCAGAGACAAAAAGAGCUGGAAGUAGAGGCUAAAAAACAAGCUGAAGAAAGGCGACGCUACACACUGAAGAUUGUAGAGGAAGAGGCAAAGAAAGAGUUUGAGGAGAACAAACGUUCACUGGCCGCUCUUGAUGCUCUGGAUACGGAUGGAGAAAAUGAGGAGGAAGAGUAUGAGGCCUGGAAAGUGAGAGAACUGAAGCGUAUUAAGAGGGACAGAGAAGCCAGAGAAGUAAUAGAGAAAGAGAAGGCAGAAAUCGAGAGAUUUCACAAUCUUACAGAGGAGGAACGCAGAGCUGAACUGCGCAACAGUGGGAAAGUCAUCACCAACAAAGCAACAAAGGGCAAAUACAAGUUUCUGCAGAAGUACUACCACAGAGGAGCGUUCUUCAUGAAUGAUGAGCAAGACGUCUUCAGGAGAGACUUCAGUGCUCCAACUCUUGAGGACCAUUUCAACAAAACAAUCUUGCCCAAAGUCAUGCAGGUCAAAAACUUUGGACGUUCUGGACGUACAAAAUACACACAUCUGGUGGAUCAGGACACCACUUCAUUUGAUUCUGCCUGGGCUCAGGAGAGUGCUCAGAACAGCAAGUUCUUCAAACAGAAGGCAGGGGGAGUGAGAGAUGUGUUUGAUCGUCCAACAGUGCAUAAGAGAAAGACAUGAACAUAUCUUAAUCCUAAAAGAGCAAACUGAGCUCAAACAUGGACUGAUUUAAACUUAGUUUUGUCUGUCACCCAUUAUUUACCAAUGACUUGUGCUAAUGUUGGGAAAAAACAUUAAGACAACAAUUCUUUAUUGCAUUUUAAUUAAUUGUGUGCAUCUAAUGUUUCGGUUAUUGUACAGAAUUUUGAGUAUUUAGUUUUUAGUAUCUAUUUGUAAAAAAAAAAAAAAAACUUUGUAUUCCACUCGCAACACUGUAAACCUUAAUGCUCAAGUAAUUGUAUCAAAUAGGGAACAUUUUAAUUAAACAAAUUGUUUGGGUGGCGCCUGGGUAGCUCAGCGAGUAAAGACCACUACCAUCCCUGUAGUCGGAAGUUUGAAUCCAAGGCGUGCUGAAUGACUCCAGCCAGGUCUCCUAAGCAACCAAAUUGGCCUGGUUGCAAGGGAGGGUAGAGUCACAUGGGGUAACCUCCUCGUGGUCACUAUAAUGUGUGGUUCUUGGUGGAGUGCAUGGUAAGUUGUGCAUGGAUGCUGCGGAGAAUAGCGUGAAGCCUCCACACGUGCUAGGUCUCCACGGUAACACGCUCAACAUGCCAUGUGAUAAAAUGCGCAGAUUGACUGUCUGAAACGUGGAGGCAACUGAGAUUCGUGAGUCACUACGCUACCAUGAGGACUUUGAGCGCAUUGGGAAUUCCAAAUUGGGGAGAAAAUAAAACCAUAUACACAAUAAUUAUACAUGAGUAUUUAGAAUUUUCUAUAUUUUGAGUUGAAGGAACUGACACCUUAUAAUUAACAUGAAUUAUUUUGAGUUUAUUUAACAGACUUUAAGCCUCUUUAAAUUUACAGAAAUGUAACUCCCCAAUUGAACUUCAAGAUGUCCAGUAUCCACUCAAUCUACACCACCAAUGUUGCAAUGGAAGCAUGUUUUUGUCAUGCAGCUUUGUUGCAUUGAACAGAGUAGCUGAAACUACAAAUUUAUCCAAAAAGCUUUUUUUUUUUUUUUUUUAAAGCUAUUAUUAAAAAAGAUUUGUUUGUUUUGUUAACUGAAUUGGGGGAUUUCUAAUUGAUGCUUUACGUGGCACACAAGGAAAAUAAAUGUUAAAAUGUAUCUUAAUGCAUCUUUGUGAUAGAUGAAUGUAAAGGUGGAAGGCAUGUUUAAUAUUGUUAUUUAGAAGAUUUUCUGUUAUAUUGGAGUUUUAUGUUACAAUUAUGGUGAAUAGUGGAGCUUGAGAUUAGGUUGAAGACAGGUACAAUUCAUGCAUGUUCAAUAUUGCUUUACUCAUUGAGCAAUAAGUAUGCUAAACAAAGUGUUGAUACAAUCGAGUUUAUAAAGGAA